AUAGGUUAUGAUACAAUGAAAGCAGGCAGAACCCAAAACGCAGCGUUCGAAACCGGAGUCUUGGGGAACAAGUUGCAAAGGCAAACCAUAAAGAAAGGGAAUCUUGGUGCUCAAGCUGCAAACACGAAAAUGGGGUGGGUUUGGAGCGAUGACAACAGCGACGAUCUUCGACGCGAUAUCUCGUCGGAAGGGUGCUCCACCACGAGGGUCGUCAAAUCUCAAUGCAGAACAGAGGAGGUCGAAUCUGGAAAGUUCGUCAGAAAGUGCGAGAAAACAGAAGAGCUUCUCAGGAAUUGCAUCGGAAAGCCUGUUGAAGUAUUGCAAUCUAACAAAGAGUAUACCGAAGAGGAUAUAACAGACGAGGUACUUAAAGGAAGGUCUGUUCCAUCUAGCUCAUCAGACCGUGGUGUGUUUGACUUCCCAGGGCUACGAAAUGAUAUCGAAGUAAUGGAACGUAACCUUUUCCAUGGUCUUGGUCGUUUCCUGGAAUCAGCUGAAGAAAUGACGAAUGACUUUUUUGAUGUUUUUGGUAAGUCUUCAAGGAUCUUCGAUGCAGAGUCGUCUUCACCCUCUGUGAGGCGAGAGAUCCCUGUUGCAAGUCGCCCAGAAGCUUAUCCUAAAGCCCAGCAGAAGGAAUCAGGAGAUACUGAUUAUGUUUCUGUCGCUCAAGAUGUUUAAACUUUGAACGUCGACAUCUGGACCACAACCAAGUCCUGUAAUAACAUUUUUCUUUGCAUCUUUGAAGCUGUUUUACUUCUUUUAUUUUGUUUUAAGCUGUGACACAUGUAACGUAUGACCAAUUUUUUAUCCCCCUUCACUCAAUUAUAGCCAAUACGAAUGAAAACUGUACUAUAUAAAA